AUGAUCAUAGUAGACGGCGAAAAAUAUGCGUGUAUACGUUGUAUUAGAGGACACCGAUCUUCCACUUGUAAACACGCCGAGAGACCUCUCAUGAAGGUGCGGUCAAGAGGAAGGCCAUCCCCCAGUUGUAACCACAGAAUAGCCAUAUUGAACGAGAAAACGCUUACCACAACAGAGGUCAAAGAGUCCUGUUGCAACGGAGAACACCAAACCAAAGUUGAGGACUCGCCGGAUCCACCGAGUUGCUGUGCGAAUACAAACGGAACGGACUCUUCCUCCUCAGAGAACAAAGCGAGGAACUGUUGUUCAGGAAGUGGGAAGAACGCUGUGAUUAUCCUCACAGCCUCUGACAAGAAGGUGAUACAGAACACAGAUGAUCAAUUACAAUUGUUAGAACCGGAAAAGAGGGCUCGGAUUAACAGGAAAUCUUCCCCGGGAAUAAAAACAGAGAAGGUUUAUGAAGGGUAUCUGGCGGAUGGAUGUAGUGUCCCUGGAAGUUGUGCUUGCGACCCUGAAUCUUGUAACUGUCCUUCAUGUGAAGUUCAUAACUUGAACUCAACAAAGAAUCAUGUUCAACCGUUUGGUCCAGUAAAAUUAGAAUCUAUUGGUACGCUAUUUUCAGAAAAGGAUCACAACUAUCAACCAGAGAAACAACAAACUAUAAGCAAUAACAUCACCAUUGAAGAUUUGAACGAGUGCUGUUGCCCGGAUGAUAACUGUCAUUGCUUUAAUUGUGCAAAGCAUGGAAACAUUAACGGUUACCAUAAUGGAUUAAGAAUUGCGGACUUUGAAGACGAAAUGUUCCGACUGUCAUCAGAGCAUGAGUCAACGAUAGACAAGUUUCUCCAAGAUCUUAAAAAGUCUUUCGAUUCAAAUUGCAUAUGUGCCAGUAGCCCCUGCACCUGUAAAUCUCUGCCCUUGUAA